AUGUCCGUGCCGAGGAAAAAGUUAGCCGACAAUGCCGGGAACACCGCGGCGUUCUUGCUGACGAAACAGCCGGAAGAUUUCUCUGACAGUCACCGCGUGAAAAUCGUCAUCGUCGGCAGCGGUUACACGGGCGUUGCUGUCGGGAUCGCUAUACUUUUCAAGCGGCUCGCCUCCGAGCUGGUGUUCAUAGAUCUAAACGAGGACUUAGCCAAGGCAGAAGCGGAAGACAUCAGCCACGGGGCGGUGUUUCUCGGCAAUCCGAAGAUCACCGGUACAAAGGAUUAUUCCCAAGCCAGAGACGCGACGGUAUGCGUGAUCACGGUAGGCGACAGGUCGACCAACAGCCAGGACGACGGCGCUCUGCUCGAGCGAAAUUUGGACAUCCUGAAGGACGUCAUACCGAACGUCUGCAAGUACGCGCCCAACAGCGUGCUCCUGAUCGUGACGACGCCAGUGGACAUACUGUCGUAUGCAGCCAUGAAGCUCUCAGGUUUCCCGCCGCAGCGCGUGAUAGGAUUGGGCACAUUUUUGGACAGCUGUAGGCUUCAGCACUUCAUCGCGCAGAAGCUCGGAAUUUCGUCCAGCGCCGUGCAAGCCUCCGUGAUCUGCGAAAAUGGGCCCACGUCCGUGCCCAUUUGGUCCGCCGUGACGGUGAUGGGGAUCAAACUUAAAGACAUCAACAGGGACAUCGGGACGAAAUCGGACCCGGAAUCUUGGGGAGAUCUGCACAGAAAAGUCAUCGACUGCGACAGCGAUCUUAUCGAGAGGAAGGGAUACCGCUGCUGGGGCAUAGGCAUCUGCGCGGCAGAGGUUGUGGACGCGAUCGUGCGGAACACGUGUAUUUGCAUCACUGUGUCGGCUUAUCUGAAGGGCUGUCGACACGGUCUGGAGAAGGACGUGUACAUGUCCCUGCCCUGCAUAGUCGGCAGAAACGGUAUACAGUCGUUCCUGCGUCAUCCGUACACGCCCGAGGAGCAAGAACUCACGGAGACAUCCUGCCGCACGAUCUACGAGACCCAGAGGUCUAUCGUUAACGCCCUCCAAUGA